AUGUUUCGACAGCCUCUAAGCUACGACCCCAAGUUCGAUGCCCUCACUCUGUACGAAUCAUUCCACGAAGAGGUUCUCAUCCUCUCUAAUGCACCAGUGCACCUGCAAGUGCCUAAUAUCGACAUCAGGAAGCGUGGUGCUUCUACUCAAGUGGCCACUCCACCAGCUGUAUGGUUCAAAAAGGACGUGGGGUACUACCUUGACAGGGCGUCUGAAAUCUGCGCAAGAAACAAGGCGGCACUGAAGCGAUCAUAUUUGCCCGCUCCAUACAGCCCCUGUAUACUUGAGAGCGAGGCAGACAUCGUCCGCUCCGCAGCACUGUGGCUGCUUCAUCCCGUCAUCAUAGCUCUACAGAGCGAGUUCAAGAGUGUCGGUUGCUAUGCUGAAGUAACAAUUGAUGACUGCCGGUGUGAUGCUCUCAUCAAAAUCAACGGGGAAACCAUCGUUGUGCUGGAAUACAAGAACAGAGGUCACAUCAAGAUGUCCGAGUUUGAGGAAGGCCUCAUUACGGACUCUUCAUACGCGAACCGUGUCAACAUCCUAAGCACAAUCAAUGAUGUCCAGCAGGACGAUGACCAAAGUGCCAUGGGCCACAAUGCUGUGUGUCUGACCAAGCAGGCCGCCGCCUACUCUACAAAGUGGAAGACACGGUACGUGGGGCUGUUUGACUGGGACAACUUCUUUCUCUGGCAUUUCGCGGGCAAAGACUUCCGACCGCGGCGGGCAGGCACAUCUACGACAGUUGGCCAUGACGGCCACGCCACGUGGGCAUAUGGGACGCCGGUCCGGAGAAGGGAAGACUACCGCAAGGCACUGCUGGGUUUUAUCUUGGAGGCAUUCCAGGAUCGCAAUAACGCGAAAUUCACGCAACCUAGAGAGCCUCCGUUUGAGUUGUCACCACAGCAGAAAGCGAAGAAGCGAGCGGAGGCAGAAGAGCGAAGGCGGCAGCAGCUCAACGCGCAGCAAGCAUCAAAUGCCAACGUGUACGGCCGGAGAGGUUGA